AUGGUCAAUCAACGUGGCCAAACGGGUGCCACUCUUCCAGAACGUGGACGCACCUUUCUUAGUGACGAAUUUCGUGAAGGUCGUCCAUCCGCGUCUGUUGUUGCCACUAAUGUUGAUGCUGUGCGUGAAAUGUGUUACGUCACGCCGGGUCAGUGCCACGAGAGGGCGAGUCUGGCCGUAGACGGGACACGAUCACUAUUACGGGUCGCGGAGUCGCGAAACUCUACCCGGGGAUACCCGCGAUCAAGGAAGAAGCGAAACAUUGAAGACGCCGAGGACGACAACGACGGCGACGGCGAUGACGCCGUCAACAGCGACAACAGCGACGACGGCGACGGCAAUGACGACGAUGACGCCGUCAAUGGCGACGACGGCGGCAAGAGUCCGAGACCCGGUGAAAGAACGCAAUCGUUACGUGGUACGGCGUGCCAAGAAACAGAGGUGGCCCAAUGCAGCGAUGCAAAACAAGGGCCCACCUCCACGUACAUCAGUGCAGCAGUAUACUCAUUGCACUCAUUGUACACAUUGUACGCAGGCGCCAUCGCCAUCACCAUCACCAUCACCAUCUAUGCCCCCCGUACCCCAUACGGUACCUGCACCCCAUGUAUCGGCGUACGUGGCCGUGCCGGUACCACCGCCAAUACCACCCACCCAAGGUGUCCCAGACCUAACGUAACAGCGGUUAAUGGUAGAUACCUGAGGUGA